AUGGCCCUUAGGCGCUCCGCGCGCUUGAGCGCCCCCAGCAAUGCAGCUUCGCCCUUAUUGCAACCCAAAACCAAAGCAAGCAAAGCGACCAGGAGCAGCAAUGAAGAUACCAAAGUGCGAAAACCCUCAAACAAACGGAAAAAAGCGUCUCUGGACUCGAAACGGAAAAACACUGUUUCGAAUAUUCGCCAAAACAAAGCCACUACAACACUUACCGCGGUCGAUAACGUCUUCAACCCAUCAUCGGCUACUAGUGGUACUAUAAGUAGGCCACAUACUACCCCUCCUCCCCUCGAUCGACCCGUUGAACCCCAUACAACAACUGUUCCCCUCCUCACACCCCAUGGGUCCUCCUUGGUUGCAUACCCUCCUGGGGCUGAGGAGGCAUCCCCCAGCAAGACAGGCCGGCCUCGCCCAACAGCCACGACGGGGACGCUCCUUGAAAAAGCCGUUGCACAUCUAAUUGCUACGGACCCACGGCUAGAGUCCAUUAUAAAACAGCAUCCGUGUCCCCUUUUUUCCCCCGAGGGACUAGCGGAAGAGAUUGAUCCUUUUCGAAGUCUGGUCGUCAGCAUCAUCGGUCAACAGGUGUCGGGCGCUGCAGCCAGGUCGAUCAGAGACAAAUUUAUAGCGUUGUUCAACCAAGAUGGUAAAAGAGAUGGUAUAAACCCAACAAAUCACUUCCCCAUACCGGAAGAGAUUGUUCGGCUCGAUAUUCAGACGCUGCGGACCGCCGGUCUUUCCCAGCGGAAAGCCGAGUAUAUCCAAGGCCUGUCGCGGAAGUUUGCGGAUGGUGAACUGAGUGCUCAGAUGCUGCUGAGUGCCAGCGAUGAGGAACUCGUUGAGAAAUUAACUGCUGUUCGGGGUCUGGGCAAAUGGUCCGUUGAGAUGUUUGCUUGUUUCGCCCUAAAGCGAAUGGACGUGUUCUCUACAGGUGAUCUUGGUGUGCAAAGAGGAUGUGCGGCAUUCACGGGCAAAGACGUGAACAAACUCAGAGCAAAAGGAGGUGGUAAGUUCAAGUACAUGGCAGAGAAAGACAUGCUUGAGCUGGCAGCGAAAUUUGCCCCAUAUAGGACUCUUUUUAUGUGGUACAUGUGGCGGAUAGAGAACGUAGACAUCGCCGUAUUGAAUUAG